AUCACCGAAAUCGCCACCCAAUACAAGUGGCGGGGAUAGUGCAACUGCCGUGAAAACCCAAUCACUAGCACAAUUAUUUUUAUAUCUACCCCACGAGCCAUCGAAUAACUUUCAUUGAGUGAUAAUUAGAGGGUAAUUCAACACAGCCUUGAAGCUACAUGGGUUCAAUCGACUUCAACAUAACAUAAAUCAAACGAGCAACAGUUGCGUGGAUUUCUUAUGUGCACUUGACCGGGCUGUAAAUACCCUUCGGCUUGAAUGUCUUGUGUAUAGUGCCAGGAGGUUGAGCUAUAGACUUGGAAGAAAUAUUCUGAUUUUGAAAUUGACCGCACUAGUAUCCACAUUUGAGACUUGAGAUCGAAUCAAAAGAAAUGUGAUGACAAGUUAUUAACUCAACUCCGGCGGAAUUAAAAAAUCAGCAUGUGUCCUCAGAGCAAAGUCAAAUACAAUUCAGGAUUCAAGUCGACAGACAUUCUUCAAAGUGGAUUCUAGUGCGCAAAUCAAAAACAUGUUUUUAGGAACUAAAUAAUCCGACAGAAGAUGAGCUGUCGUCGCUGUCGAUUCAUCUGCCGGGCUAGAGUGCCACUGCUACUUGCCAUUAUUAGCGCCGUGAUGGCAAUCUUCACUGUGGCUCAACUGUUUUGGCAGAAUCAGCAAUCCUUGCCGCCACUUUCCGUGAAACCUUCGCAACCUUUGACUUCAACUUCGUCCAUCAGCAACAACUCGAAAUUGAAAAUCAUUUUAUAUUGGAGCUCUUGGAGUUGGAAAAUGGGCGACCAACCACUAAUCAAAGCCAAAUGUCCGGUGACGGCCUGUUUGUUCACGCCCGAUUUGACUCUGUUCAACCAGAGCGACGUCGUUGUAAUUUCCGUCGAGACGACGCCCGAUUUCCUGGUAAACCGCUUGCCUCACCAGCGGUUCGUUUUCUUCGUCAUGGAGUCGCCGGCCAACACCGUCGACAUUCCCAUGUUGCGAAACAACCAGACGCGCUACAACUACUUCAACUGGACCAUGAGUUACAGGAGAGAUUCGGACAUUGUACUCCGCGAUUUCUUGGGCGCCGUUGUAUCCAAAAACAAUUCAAACGACCAAUAUCCGCCCAGAAUUGAAACUAAUGUCUCACGUCGGCAAUACAACUCGAAUACAACGAGGAAAUUGUCUUCGGUCGACGCUUUAAAACAUUUAGUCACGACGAGGGAAGACAGGAGAAAGGCAGACAAAAAUCCUUUUGUAGAUGAAUCACGUCAUUAUCCUUGGAUCAAAAGUAAAACCAAAUUGGUGGCCUGGUUCGUGUCGCACUGCGACACUCCCAUCCAGCGAGAGGAAUACGCCCGUCAACUCGGCCAGCAUAUUCCCGUCGACAUUUACGGCAGGUGCGGCAAGGAGCAUCAGGUCACUUCCAUUUGUGACUCGGCGGAUGACCCGGCCAACUGCGAAGAAAUCCGCGCACUUCGAGCCCAGUAUAAAUUUUAUUUGGCGUUCGAGAACUCUUGGUGCCCGGAUUACGUCACCGAAAAAUUUUACCGAACGCUGCAGUUUGACACGGUGCCGAUCGUUCUCGGUGGUGCGGAAUACGAUCGUUUUGCUCCGCCGCAUUCGUUUAUCAACGCCCUGGAUUUCUCAUCGCCCAAACAACUGGCCGAAUAUUUGUUGCUGUUAAACAGUUCGGAAGAGCUUUACGCCGGCUAUUUUCAGUGGAAAAAUCAUUACCGAGUCUCUCUUCCGGCCAUGGAUGGCUGGUGUGACUUGUGCCGGAUGGCUCACGAUGAAACCCUUCCGGCCAAAGUCUACCCCGACAUCAAGCAGUGGUGGAUUGACGACGGACCGUGUGAAAACGACAGGACCAAUUAUUUCUAAUUGGAUUUGUUAUGUGUUUAAUUUUAUAGUAUUAUAAUAUUAUAUAGUAUACGAUUCGAUUUCUUAUUUAACUGUAAAGGUACACGAAAUUUUAUUUUCCAAAAAUACACAAGUUA